AUGCCUGUAGAAGAACUGUUUUUGCUGCCACUCGCGCCAAUGCAAGGAUACCGACUUGGCCACCCAGUAGACCCUCCGAAAGCCAAAAUCAGAAUACGCAAGCCCGCAUGUGCUUGCAUUGCGGGAUUCCGCGACCGACCAUGCAUGGACGCCCGCGGUCCCGAUGCGGAGAACCCCCUUUGGCAGCUGGCUCAUCGGAAACUGCGCGUCCGCGCCGCCGAGGCCAAGGCGUUCGCAGACGGCCCGUCGCGACGUGCGGCCGGGGCUGGCCAUCAUCAUACCGCCCAUAGGCGUGGCCACGUACAGGCAGGGGCGGAUCUCGAUGCCCGCUUCGGCCCAGAACCAGGCCUGGAUGGCGCGGUGCUCGGGAAACGACAGCAGAGUGAAGCACACGUCGCGUUCGCGUCGCUCGCGCGGGUCGGCACUGGGCGAGAUGCCCCAGCGCGGCACGACAAAGUCGCCGCGGGGCCGCACCACGCCCGCCGUGCAAAUGUAGGUGCGCAGACGCCGGGGCUGGCGGGACUGCGGGUUGGUGAGGGCGAGGAUGCGCUGGUACGCUUCGAUGGACUGCAUGCCAGGCUCCACGAGCCAGGGGAACCGCCUGGUGGAAUUGCGGCCUGCGGGAAACGGCACCUGGAGGCGGUUGUUGUACUCGGCUUCGCUGUGGAAGUAGGGGAUGUCGCGGUUCCAGGGGUGGAAGAUGUUGGAGGGUGCGAGGCGAAAGUUGUCGACCGACAUGAUGACGGAUGA